AUGGGUGCUGGAGGAAAUGGAGGUGGCGUUGGCGGUGAUGGAAGUGGCGGGGGUCAUGGAGGGUUUUGGUCCUUUUGGAGUGGUGGUGGCGGAGGGGAUGGAGGUGGAGGCGGCUGGGGCGGAGGCGGAGGCGGCUUUGGUGGUGACGGAGGUGGUGGAGGUUUUGGCGGCGGCGGCGGGGGUGGCGUUGGCGGUGAUGGAAAUGGCGGGGGUCAUGGAGGGUUUUGGUCCUUUUGGAGUGGUGCUGGUGGAGGAGACGGAGGUGGAGGCGGCUGGGGCGGAGGCGGCUGGGGCGGAGGCGGCUUUGGUGGUGAUGGAGGUGGUGGAGGUUUUGGCGGCGGCGGUGGGGGUGGGGAUGGAGGUGGAGGCGGCGGAGGAGGAGGAGGAGGUUGCUGA